AUGUCUACUCCAGCACGGCCACUGGCUGCUCUCAAAUCAGCCCUGCGCCAAUUGCGCGCCGACAAGCACCACUCGCGCUACUAUGCCACCGCCGCUCCAGCGACCACCGGCAGGCCCGUGAACUUCCACCCCGGUGCCAUCAUGACCGGCCGCACCCGCACAAACUGCAAAGACCCCAUCGCCGCCAUUACCCAGACCCAAAUUUCUACCCUCGAUCCUACUGGCGCCCGUACCCGCCUCUUCAGCCGUGAGAAUGUUGACCGCGCAAACGUCGGUGACAUCCUCCUCGUCCGCCUAAAGAACGGCGACCAAUACGCUGGAGUAUGUCUCAACAUCCGUCGCCAAGGUAUCGACACAGCCAUCCUUNUGCGCAACAACCUGACCCGCGUCGGUGUCGAAAUGUGGUACAAGAUCUACAGUCCCAAUGUUGAAGGUGUCGAAGUCGUCCAAAGGAAGGAGAAGAGAGCAAGAAGAGCAAGACUUUAUUACAUGCGCCAGCCCAGACACGACAUUGGCAGUGUCGACAACAUCGUCAGACAAUACCAAAGACAGCGUGCCAUGUUGCGCAGCUCAGAGGUCAAGAGCAGAGAUUCCAACUCGCGCAAGAAGAAGAACAACAAGCGUGGCUCCAACUAG